GACACGGGGCCGACUAGUGAAAGGACUGUGAGUUCCAGGGUUUCAGCAACCCUGUAGCUGUGCCUAGGAAUCGGUUUGCUGUCUUUUCUUUAUCUGGAUUAUGAAAAGAAGUUUUAAAUAGAUAAUCUCUUAGGAAGUACCUUAAAGAGACCGCUAGGAGGUUUCAUGGUGCCCACUUGCUCUUUCCUCUCGCUCUGAUUCCAGAGAAUUAGGACCUCAGCCGAGUUGAUUUCCUUCCCAGCCAAGCAAACAAUUAGCUGGUCAUCUUCCUGCCCUGAAACCGGCACGGAGGAGAAGCCACAUGAAACACUGACCCAGGCCACUGCAGCCCGGAGCGGUCUGCUCAGAGUGAUGAGCGUGCGGACCCAGCCAUGCCCACCGUGGACGACGUGCUGGAGAAGGUUGGGGAGUUUGGCUGGUUUCAGAAGCAGGCCUUCCUAACCCUGUGCCUGGUCUCGGCUGCCUUUGCCCCCAUCUACGUGGGCAUCGUCUUCCUGGCCUUCACCCCGGACCACCGCUGCCUGAGCCCUGGGGUGGCUGAGCUGAGCCGGCGAUGCAGCUGGAGCUUGGCCGAGGAGCUGAACUACACGGUGCCAGGACCGGGGCCGGCGGGCGAGCCCUUCCCUGGCCAGUGCCGCCUCUACGAGGUGGACUGGAACCAGAGCGCCCUCAGCUGUGAGGACCCGCUGGCUGGCCUGGCCGCCAACAGGAGCCACCUGCCUCUGGGCCCCUGUCGGCAUGGCUGGCUGUAUGACACGCCGGGCUCCUCCAUCGUGACCGAGUUUAACCUGGUGUGCGAUGACUCCUGGAAGGUGGACCUCUUUCAGUCCUGUGUGAACGUGGGCUUCUUCCUGGGCUCCCUGGGUGUCGGCUACAUUGCAGACAGGUUUGGCCGUAAACUGUGUCUCUUGGCCACCACCCUCAUCAGUGCCAUCUCGGGCGUCCUCACGGCCAUCGCACCAGACUACAUAUCUCUCCUGCUCUUCCGCCUGCUGCAGGGGCUGGUCAGCAAGGGCAGCUGGAUCGCUGGCUACACCUUGAUCACAGAAUUUGUGGGCCCGGGCUACAGAAGAACGGUGGGGAUCCUCUACCAGACGGCCUUCACGGUGGGGCUGGUGCUGCUUUCCGGGUUGGCCUACGUCAUUCCCCAGUGGCGGUGGCUCCAGAUGACCGUCUCCCUGCCCACCUUCCUCUUCAUUCUCUACUACUGGUUGGUGCCCGAGUCUCCUCGCUGGCUGUUAUCGCAAAAGAGAAACACUCAAGCGAUAAAGAUAAUGGACCACAUUGCCCAGAAGAAUGGGAAACCGGCUCCUGCUGAUCUAAAGAUGCUGUCUCUCGAAGAAGAUGUCACCGAAAAGCUGAGCCCUUCAUUUGCAGACCUCUUCCGCACGCCGCAUCUGAGGAAGCACACCUUCAUCCUCAUGUACCUGUGGUUCAGCAGCUCCGUCAUCUACCAGGGCCUCAUCAUGCACGUGGGCGCCACCGGCGGGAACCUCCACCUGGAUUUCUUGUACUCCGCGCUGAUGGAGUUCCCGGCCGCCUUCAUCAUCCUCAUCACUAUCGACCGCGUCGGCCGCGUCUACCCGCUGGCCGUGUUCAAUCUGAUGGCAGGGACGGCCUGCUUCGUCAUGGUUUUCAUCUCACAUGAUCAACACUGGCUGAACAUCGGGGUAGCAUGCGUUGGCCGGAUGGGUAUCACCAUCGUGUUCCAGAUGGUGUGUCUGGUGAAUGCAGAGCUGUACCCAACGUUCAUCAGGAACCUUGGAGUGAUGGUGUGUUCCUCCCUGUGUGAUUUGGGUGGGAUCAUCACCCCUUUCCUGGUCUUCAGGCUGAUGGAGGUUUGGCAAGGCUUGCCACUCAUGUUGUUCGCGGCCUUGGGCCUGAUUGCCGGGGGAAUGGCGCUGCUUCUUCCUGAGACCAAGGGGGUGGCGUUGCCAGAGACCAUCGAGGAUGCGGAGAACCUCCGGAGGAAAGCAAAGCCCAAAGAAAAAACGAUUUACCUUCAGGUCCAAACAUCGGAACUGCCGGGCACCUGAGAGAGAUGGUUCGCUGGGGACAGAGCGGGAGAGAUGAAGAUGGAGUUGUCAUCUGGAGAAAUGUUCAGAAGCCCUUAUUCCUCUGUCUUCUUCCUCACACUGGCCCCAAAUCAAUAUCAAUCUUAAAGAACAUUAAAUGUAAUUUGUUUUAUUUUAUUUUCUUUCUUUUAAGCCCUGUCUAUCUUUUAUCUACUUACCCUUUCUGGUGAGAGCCGUUGGUGGUUUCCGGGUACUUAAUUAUCUAAAGUAUGUUGAAGAGCCAAUAGAAUUUAAAUAUUGCAAUAAAAGAGGCCUCCGUAAUUGGUUUUCUAG